AUGGUCGCCAAACAAGGAAUGAUCAGCGUGACCCUCACGAAGAAGUCUCCCGACCAAAAAUUUGGUGUCGAUUUGAAACAAGACAAGGAUGGAACCGUGUUUGUCAAGAAAAUCUCCAAGAGCGGUCUAUUUCACGGCUCCGAACUCGAAGUCGAGGACAAAAUCUUGUCCAUCAAUGGCAAACGCAUUACCAAACGUCAAACUCUUGUUGAAUACAUGGAAGAAACAGUAGACAAUGAGACGAUCGAAAAGAUUACCAUUGUCGCCAAAAAGCCAUCUGCUUGGGGUAAAAGUCCCACACCCGAUGGAGAAAAGAAAGUCUUUAAAAAAGAAAUCAAGUUGAAUCCGGAUGGAACUCCUAUACCUUAUGAACUUGCCGAUGGGAUGGGAGACGAAGAAGAAAAGGAGCAAAUCAUGAUCAAGGCUACCAAAGGAAAAGAUGGGCAAGAUGUAGGAGUGGCUUUUACCAAGGUCGGAGAUAAAUUGUUUGUGUGUGGAAUCUCCGCCGACAGUAUAUUUCAUCCCUCCAAAAAUACAGGAGGUGGCCCACAAUUGGAAUUUGGUGAUCGCGUGGCUUCGGUCAAUGACACCAACUUUAUGAAUUAUGCCGACGCUGCCUUUGCCACCAAGCUACUCGGCAAGAAGUCCGCCAAGGAAUGUGUUUUGUAUGUGGAAAAAGGAUGGGAAAUCUUGGGAACCGGUCAUGUGGAUCCCAUUCAUUUCGAUCCAUCACUGGCACGUGGUGGCAAGGCACGAUACGCCGAACCCAAAAAAGAAACGAAAGCGGAACCCGAAUCGGAUGAUAAUGGUAGCAUUUCGUCCGAUGAGAUACCAUCGGAAUCGGAAGAUGAAAAGGAACCAGAAGGAUCGGGGGUUGCCAAACCAGAUUUGAAGGAAGUGGCACCUCCACCCAAGGACGAUACACCUGUGGACGGUGGUAUGUGGUGGGAUAACUAA